AUGAGUCUCUUAUGUUGGAACUGUCGGGGGCUUGGGAACCAACGAACAGAAAAUCAACUCGUGGAUAUGGUGCGGGCAAAAGAUCCCUCUGUUGUGUUUAUAGCUGAAACAUGGACGGAUGAAACAAGGCUAAUUUUAGUUCAAGAUAAAAUAAAGUUCAAACAUAAAUUUGUGGUGCCAAGAAGAAAUAAGGCGGGUGGAAUGGUAAUUUUCUGGAAAGAGGAUUUUGACUUAAGCUUUGAAACUUUCUCAAAAAAUCAUAUAGAUACAAUUGUGAAUAAGAACAAGGAUGAUGAAUGGAGAUUUACAGGAUUUUAUGGAGAACCUGAUACACAGAAUAGACAUAAGGCAUGGGCUCGUUUAAAGAGUUUGAAAGCAAGGGGAUCUGCACCUUGGAUUUGUGCGGGAGACUUUAAUGAGAUAACAAAACAAUCAGAGAAAAGGGGAGGUAGACUUCGGCCACAUGGACAGAUGCAAGCUUUUAGAGAGGUACUUGAUGAAUGCGGCUUUAUUGAUUUGGGAUUUGUGGGGUCAGAAUUUACAUGGCAUAAGCACUUUGCGGAUUACACAGUGUGGGAGCGCCUUGAUAAAGCUGUGGCAACUUCGGACUGGCUGUCUUUAUUUCCGGAUACCAAAAUCUAUCACUUGGAGGCAGAUGCAUCUGAUCAUAGACCUAUUUUGAUUGUGCCGGAUGGGAUGAAUUGUUCACAACAGAGACCGUUUAGAUUCGAGCAGAUGUGGCUGACUGAACAAGGCUGCUCAGACACAGUACAAGCUGUGUGGCAGCGGGACAAUGGGGAAAAUGAGGUUUUAAAGGUGAUACGUAAGGUGGAUGAGUGUGGGAAGGAGCUAACCAAAUGGAGUAAAAAAAAUUUCAAAAAUGUGAGGAAAGAAUUGGAAAAAACAAGGAAGUUAUUGGCAAAAGCAGAGCUGGUUGCGAUGAAUGGGGGCAGCAACAAAAGGAUGAAAUACUUAGAAAAACAAAUCCUCACACUCCUUGACCGUGAGGCAAAAAUGUGGGCUCAAAGAUCAAAAGUGCAAUGGCUUCGUGAUGGUGACAAGAACACUCGCUUUUUCCAUAGUAAAGCAACACAGAGAAGAAGAAGAAAUUACAUCAAAGGGUUAUUUGAUGAAAAUGGUCAAUGGUGCACUCACCCAAGCCGUGUGACUGAUACUGUAGUCCAAUUUUAUCAAAAACUCUUUACCUCCUGUGCACCGGUGGACUUUGAGGAGAUUUUGGAGCAAAUACCUACAAAAGUUACAGAAGACAUGAAUGUGGAGUUGCUAAAGGAGUUUACUGCAGAUGAGGUUGAAAAUGCUUUAAAAUAG